CGGAAGUUUGUUACGGUGUGCAGUGUGUACAUAAUAAUUUGUAAGCUAUGGACUGAACAAGAUGUCGAUACACAAGGGAAUUUUAUGGCAAUCCAAUUGAGUGAAAGAAAAACCAAGAGGACAAAUUUUUUGCAGAAAAAAUACCAAUAAAAUCUUAGGACUUGAAUGCAACGUAUCGGCAAAGUCCCCCAAAAACUACUGGCGUGACUAAUAUAAGUAAUAUACAUAUAUACGUGAAAACAUCGAGUUAUUGAAGAUGUCAUUUUUAAUGGACUCUUGCUUAAUGUUCUUUUCCCAGGUGUUGUUUUUUGCUGGUGGAUGGGUGUUUUUCUUGAAACAGCUGUUUAAGGACUAUGAGGUUCACCAUUCUGUUGUUUUGUUGGUCUUUUCUGUAACAUUUGCAUUGUCAUGUACCAUGUUUGAACUGAUCAUCUUUGAGAUUCUUGGAUUUCUUGAGGCUAGUUCCAGAUAUUUCCACUGGAAGUUGGGACUUUAUGCCAUCCUCUCAGUUCUAGUGGCUGUAUUACCAUUCUACAUUGGUUAUUUCAUAAUUGGAAAUUUAAGAUUUGUCCCACAGAAGCGCCACAUUCGAGUACUACUGACAACUGGAACUUGGUUGGGAUUUCUUUAUUUUUUCUGGAAAAUUGGUGACCCAUUUCCUAUAUUGAGUCCAAAGCAUGGAAUCUUUUCAAUUGAGCAGUGUAUCGGCAGAAUUGGUGUCAUUGGAGUCACAUUAAUGGCAGUACUUUCAGGAUUUGGUGCAGUAAAUUAUCCAUAUACAUCAAUGUUUUGCUUCAUUAGGGCAGUAACGGAAGCAGAUAUCCAAGGCAUAGAAAAGAGAUUGAUGCAAACUAUGGAUAUGAUACUGUUGAAGAAAAAAAGAAUGGCAUUAGCUAAACGAGAACGGCUAAAGCAAGCGACCAUUAAUAAAAGUCAAGGUGGAUUAUGGGGAAUGAUAUCAAAAGUGACGUCAGGCAAUUCAUUGGAGAAUAUUUCAGUGUUGCAACAGGAAACUGAGGCCUAUGAAGAGCUAGCAAAGCAACUAUUUUUGGAAUCAGUGGAUCUACAUAAUACACAGGAAAGAAUUGCAUACUCAAAAACAUUCAAAGGAAAAUACUUCAACUUUUUGGGAUACUUCUUUUCCAUUUACUGUGUAUGGAAAAUAUUUAUUUCCACCAUCAACAUUAUAUUUGAUCGAGUUGGGAAAGUUGACCCUGUAACCAGAGGAAUAGAAAUAGCAAUCAAUUACUUGGGAAUUCAGUUUGAUGUCAAAUUCUGGUCACAGCAGAUCUCAUUUCUUCUGAUUGGAAUCAUCAUAGUCACUUCAAUAAGAGGCUUACUCAUUACUUUAACAAGAUUUUUCUAUGCUAUUGCAAGCAGUAAAUCAUCAAAUGUGAUCGUACUGUGCUUGGCUCAAAUAAUGGGGAUGUAUUUUGUGAGCUCCGUGCUCCUCAUAAGAAUGAACAUGCCACAAGAAUACAGGUCAAUAAUAACGGAGGUACUCGGAAACCUUCAGUUCAAUUUUUAUCAUCGCUGGUUUGAUGUCAUAUUUCUUGUCAGUGCACUGUCAAGUAUUGGAUUCCUCUACAUCGCACACAAACAAGCUCCGGAAAAGAGCAUAAAUGGAUACUAAUUAAUAACUGAAUCAGUUAAAAUCACUGACAUUAGUUAAUAUGUGCAAAUAAUUCAAAAGAAAUUGAUACCAAUAUUUAUUUUCCCAAAUGGAAUUCAGAUACAUGUAGACCCUGAAAACCUAAAUGGACGUAAAACAUUUUGAAAUAAACAAUUUCUUUUGAUGUAACAAAGUGAUAGUGAUUUGCUUUAUUUGUGUUAUUUGAUAAACAUGAUGAAUGAAAUAAAUAAUCAAAC